AUGUCACUCGUUUAUUUACUUUUGCAAUGUUUUCUUUUUGCGACGGCGACGUCUGCCCAUCUUUUGUUCCCCUUUACCCGUGAGAGAAUCAUCGCCAGAUCGAUCGAUAGCAAAACAGCAACUGUCCCCGUCUCGGCGUCAGGGCACGUCUUCAUCGUCAACGUCACCGUCGGGACCCCCCCACAACCACUGUCGCUUCUCUUGUCACCGUCCUCGCCUCACACAUGGCUUCCCAACGCCGACGAGGCCAUGCCUUGUUCGCAAGGCUUCAACCUGCUAUCAGGUGGCUUUCAUCCCACUGAUGUUCUCUCUGGCUCCGCUUGCAAAUGGGGGGCAUUCACUAAAUCCAAAUCGUCGACAUUCCAUGGAGCAGAAACGGUGAAUUACCAGUUCGACGCGGCAUAUACCAGCACAUUCACCGUGCGUGGCAGCAACUUCACCGAUACACUAAAGAUGGGUGAUGUCGAGCUCGACAACUUCCCGAUGGGCCUGGUGAAUUCAGCCACAAAUAAUCAAUGGAUCGGGAUGCUUGGACUCGGCAAUGAUGGCACCACGACCUACCCCCGCCGCUCAACCAAAUAUUAUCCCAACUUUGUGGAUCGACUGGUAUCUUCUGGAAAGAUUGUCACCCAAGCAUACAGCAUUUGGCUCAACAGUGCGGACGGAGCAUCGGGAUCUCUGCUUCUAGGUGCCAUCGACAAAUCGCGGUUCAAGGGCGAGCUGAUACGCCUCAACACCGCUCGAGGUUACGACAUCUUUCCCAGCGCCUUCGCCGUCUUAUUGAACAGCAUCAAAAUGCUUGACGAUUCGAAAGAGGCACUCAAGUUUGACGAAAUCAGGCUGCUCUUUUCCCUCAGCCCUGCCGAAUCCUUUUCGAUCCUGCCCCGUGAACUCGCCGAUCCCAUCAUCGCUGCAAGCGGCGCGACCUGGAAUACGACUAUAGAGAGGGCCACCAUUCCGUGUGAUGCUGGAUCAAAGAAUACAAAGCUCAAUCUCCGCCUUCAGCUCGAGGGGCCGGACGGCCCCGUUCUCAAUGUUCCCCUCGCAGAUCUCAUCGUCCCACAGGAAGUCACGAACUGGGAGAUUGCCGUUGCCACCAACCCUCAAAGUCUCAAUAGAAAUACCUGCCUUUUUGGAAUUCAAAAGUCGAACAGCGGACAGUUCAACAUUGGCAGCGCCCUCUUGCGACGAACCUACAUGGUGUUUGAUGCAGUCAACAAGGAAAUCGCCCUUGCUCCUGUCAAGCCUGGGACUUCUGCCACGAAGCCCACCAUUGUCCCGUUUGACAAGGCCGGCGCACGCAUUCCUUCCUCGAGACUUUAUUGUGCUGAGGGCAGUGAGUGUGUGUCUGAGUCUUCAAUUGCUCCAGACUCAGAAGAAGGCGUGGAGACCGUUGUUGAGGAGGAUGAACCAAAUUCGAACUGGAAGAAGAUUGUGAUUGGGGUGGUGGUCCCCAUUGGUGUACUAGCCAUUGCCCUACCCAUCAUUUAUGUCAUUAUCAUGAGACGCAAGCGCCAGGCAAAGGCAAGGGAGGAAGCCCUCUCACGACAACGAGAAACAGAUCACACAGACGGGGAGGAUAGCUUCAAGGAGGAUGAAUAUGGUGUCAAGGUUACAGUGUCCGUCUCUUCAAAGGUGUCAGUGGCGAAGGCACCGCCAUCGCCCCAGUUCUUCUUGGGUGUGCCAGGGGGAUUUCCCAGCAUCCCUGAAGACAGACAGUCACAGUAUUCUGGAGAUGCGCUUCUGGGACCUGAUAGCCGGAGUGGGAGUAGGAAUGGGAGUGAGAAGGAAGUGUCUAAGUGUUAG